AAGUUUCAAUAACCAAAUUCAAAUUCACUCCAAAAUCCAUAACGCAGGUGUUUGCUGUUUUCUUGUUUCUGUUAUUAAUUACGUUUUAAAUUUAUCCAAUUUUUUAAAUAAUGGAUGAAAAAAAAUACUUAAAGAAAAAGGAAAAGGCCUUUAGCGAUGGCAAUCAAGAUGCACUGGCAAUAGCUUGUAACAAUCUAGGAGACUUCUACAACCGCCAGGGCAAGUACAAAGAAGCUAUCUUCGAAUAUGAACAGGAAGCGGCAUUGUACCUUGUCUUGGGAAAGCAAUUGGACAUGGCCAAGGCCCAUCGGAUGUGCGGUGAAAUGUAUAUGCUUCUCUGUGAGUUCCCCAAAGCUCUGGAACACAUCGAAAUCUAUCUAAAGACCGUGAAAAAGCUUAAAAACAAAGUCGAGGAGCAACGAGCCUAUGCCACUCUCGGCCGGGCCCAUUUACUUGAGGGGCAAAGUGCGACUGACUCCGCAACUGCACUUGCCCCACUAAAAAAUGCUGAGAAGGCAUUUAUCCGCAGUUUGUUGAUAUCAAAAGAACUUUCAGGUCAGAUCACGAAGCUUGAGCAAUUGGACAUGCAGGCACGUCUCUACCUCAACAUUGGUGUCGUCAAAGAGCACAUAGAAGAUUUUGAAGAAGCCAUAAAUUAUAUAGAGAAGGCGAUCAAGAUUAGCAAGACCAACGAGAUCUUCGAGUUGCUUCAUCUGUGCUAUGUGUCGAUGAGCCUUCUGUAUCAGUACAAGAUGAAUGAUUCCACUCUGGCUCUGAGAUACUGCAAUCUAGCUCUGGAGGUGGCCAAGAGGCUGCCUGACAAGGUGAAGAAGAUCUGUGAAACUCUCAUAGCCAAGGCGGAGAUCUUGGUAAAGGAAGGAGAUUUUUCAAGUGCCAAACAGAUUCUGACCAAGGCCUACAAGAAAAACACUCCCGACGAGAAUGAUCGCAAAAAUAUCGAGAAAACUCUUCGAGUUGUGGUUAAGAUGUGUCAAACUUUGGACGAAUUGGUCACUUGUAGCUCCGACAACUAUUCCGAACGGAAGAAGCUCUUCGAACGGCUCGGUGAUGGUUGCUGUAAUCUCAAUAACUUCCCCAAAGCCAUCGAGUAUUAUUGUCAGAUGCUGGAAUGUGCCCAACUCAACUCAGAGACCGGCAAAGACCUAGUUCCUAUCUAUGUGAGUCUGUAUCAGACCUACAAAGACAACAAACAAUACGACAAGGCUUUAGAAUACCUCUGGAAGGAGUUUGAGUUGAAUAAGGAAAUACCCGUGGAGGCAUUCUCGACCCUGUGCAGCAUAGGGGAGAUUUGUGAACUCCAAAUGCAGCCAUUCUGGACGAUUCAAGAUAUCUAUCAGAAAGCCCUGGAUUUCGCGAAGAAGACAAGCAAAGCUCACCUGGAGAAGGUGGCUUUCACGAGGCUAAAGAAAAUUCAGACGAAAUUCAAUAUGCACACUCUGGCCGAGCAGCUGGAGGAGGAUGCUAGAUUGAGAGGAUUUGAUUUAGAUUCCCUUGACGAAGAUAGCGACAGUGAGAGUGCGCCAUCUGAAGACCAAAACACCCCCGAGAUAGGAGACGAUGUUUGCCUUGAGGAACUCACCGACUCCGACAGCAGUGAUUUGGAUGAAACCGAAAAAGUUCGGCCGCACAGAAAGCGAGGAACUUGCCUUACCAUCAAGAGAAACAACAAAGGAGAGACACAGCUGCAUCAGGCAUGCAUAGCUGGGAAUCUGGAGUUAGUCCGGCGAUUGAUAGACCAAGGACAUGUUCUGAAUAUUCGCGAUCACGCAGGCUGGUUGCCAUUGCAUGAAGCCUGCAAUCAUGGAUUUCGAGAUAUCGUCGAGUUGCUUCUGGAUAAAGGAGCAACGGCUGCAAUCAACGACAAAGGUGGCACAAGCUGUGACGGCAUUACACCACUCUACGAUGCUUGUGCUAAUGGUUUUCUGGAUGUGGUGGAGUUGUUACUGGAACGUGGAGCGAAUGCCACUGUCAAAACAGACUAUGGAGAUACUUGUAUGCAGGCUUUAUACAAAUGGAGAGCAAAUGCUCAGUUGAAUCCUGGAGAACAAGCUCAAUACGAAUCGAUUCGAAAGAUCCUCGCUGAGAAACUAAGUCAAACAGGAGGGAAUGUUCCUUCUUUUGGCGUGAAUCCCAAUCGGAAGAGAUCGCUGAAUAGAUCAAUGGAAAACCCUGACUUAUGUACUCCUGCAUUAGAAGAAGACGUGAACCAAGGAGUUAACGAAGAUAUACUAACUCCUCGUUCUCCUUCUCGAAACAGUUCAUUUAGCCAUUCUCCUAUUAAGAAUUCAUACUCGAUUUCCCCCCGAAAAAUCGUCCACUCGAUUUCUCCGCGGAAAAAUCACAGCGCCAAAGACGAAUACCGCAGUGUAAUGGAGCAUUUAAAGCGACCCAACCGUCUGCAACUGUCCGGAGAAGACGACGACAACCCCACUCUGCAAAAGAAGAGACCAGCUUUUCUCGAAAGCGAAGAUGUCGCUGACGAUUGGCUAGAGGAUGAUCUCGGCCAAGAUAGAAAAAGGAGAAAGUUCCAAAACGACUGGGAGGCGCAAGGCACCUCCUCAAGAGCAAAUACAAUUGAUUCGGCGGAUUCACUUGAUGAUAACGACGCUUUCAAGGUUCUCCUAGAAUCGGGGUCAAGUCGUCAGACAAAGUCCACCAACAAGUUAAGACUUCCGCGUUCUUUAAGCACAACUAGUACGGCUAGCGCAUCAGGGAGCAGGAAACAGAAGCAGCAGACUUCGCUAAUCGAUAGUGGCUUCUGUCGGUUUCGCAGCGAGAGUCCCAUGUCGAGCGAAGAAUUAUCCACGGAUCUUCCUAGACCCAUAGAACCAGACUCAACAACUCAACAAGUUUUAACUUUGGUGUCUCCUAUGAAGAUUGUACCCGCCGAUCCAAUUGUUUUGUCCACAGUUUCGUUUAAGAUAAAAGUCGAAGAGGAGCUGCUGUUGGUUCCAGUGGAUAGGAAAAAAUUGAACGAAGUCAACAUUCAGUGGUUGGCUGAGGAAGCUUCAAGGCGUUAUUAUAAUUUAAUUGGCUUAAAGCCGGUGUUGCGAUUGAAGACAGCUGAUGGUUUCGCAUUCGAAGAAAAUGACCCAAUAAAAGUAGCAGUCGAGGAGAAUAUGAUCACAGCGUCGGUGUUGGAGUGGAAAAUGUCCCCUCUUGCACAGCGCUACGAAGAAAUGUGCCAUCAAACUCAAAAAGAAGUACAAACUGACAUUCAAUCAGCUUUGGAGAAGGGACAAGUUACAAAUAGCAUCGUCUUCAGUAACUUCUCCCUGACUCCCGACCUAACAGAACCCGUUUUCAAGGCCAUCCUACAUCAAGCUAAUUUGAGAGUUCUCGAUUUAUCGAAUAAUUUCAUCCAGAACGAAGGAUGCAAACAACUUGCCAAAUCCAUGCGAACUCUCAAGCAGUUGAAGUCCAUAAACUUGCGAGGCAACUGCAUUACAAGUGACGGUGUUGAGAGUUUAGCCUCAUCCAAUGCUACAUUAGACGAGCUGGAGGAGUUGAAUCUGAGCCAGAAUCCAUUGGGCAACAAAAGUCUUCGUUCGUUGGACAAACUUGCGAAAGGAUGCAAGUCAUUGGAGAAACUCUUUUUGUCGAAUUGUGGUAUCACAAACUUCUUCGAAUUCGACUUGAAUUUCUUCCAUUUGACGACAUUCGAUGUGAGUUUCAAUUCACUUUCUCCCGAGUGCUUCCGAAAGCUGAUGAGCUUGUUGAACAGCAGUCGGCUGCAAAGUUUGAAUUUGAGUUUUUGUGUAGAAUCGGACAGAAACAGUGCAACCAGGAUAGUGGAGUUCUUCGAGAGUGGUACCUGUGAGAAGUUCAAGAAGCUCGAAUUGGCAGGAUGUAACCUAACUGACGGUGAUGUGUACAAGUUUGUCCAGAGCCUCAACAAGGCAACCGAGUUGGAAGUAUUGAAUUUGGCAGAGAACCCUUCGUUGUCUCCAUUGGCGCUGCAAUAUGUCUUGGAUGAAUUGACUCCUCUCCGGAAGUUGAUUGUUACCAACUGUCCAAGGAUAAUUGAUGUCAGGAAACUCGACACAUACCCUGAAUCGAAGAUUCUACCGAAUUUCAUUUCACUCACAUUGAAUGAAUCGAAUUCGGAUGUUGAUAGGUUAAGAGAGUUUUGGGAUAAACGAUGGUGUGGUCGGGGUAAGAUUAAGACAUUCGGGACGCAGUUAGUUUGUUAUGUUAAUGAUCAGGAUUUGUUAUAAGAUUUUAGGAACAGUAUUAAUUGUUUUUGUAUUUUUGUAAGUGUUUUCUUUUUUUUUUAUUAAAUGGACGCAAAACAAAGCGAAA